GCUCGAAACAGCUCGCAAUUCGCGUAGCCCGGCGACAUAAGUCGCUUUGUGGAGCUGCCUUACGAGCCCACUCGGCAUGGCGACUCAGUGAUGCGCUUGCGCGCGGCCGUCGCGCUCGGCUGCCUCCUGACUGCCCGGGGGCAGCUCCCGCAAGUGCUCGAGGAGGCUAUGGACCACGUGCACCCGCGCGCGCGCGCCGAGCUCGAGACCUUCUUCGCGCCGGGCGGCCCGCACGCGUCGUUUAAAGUAAGGGUCGAGGAGGGCUGCAUCGGCGGCGCGUUCCCGGUCUACGACUGGAAGAAACUUGUUCCGGUCGACGCCAAGUGGGGCCUCGAAUCAUUAAUAGCGGCGCGCCUGCACCAGUCGAAGUGGUUCGCGGCCGAUGCAGACAAUGCACUCGUCGCGUUCCGGCCCCACACCGGCGAGCGGUCCCUGCUGACGAAGUGUAGAUUAAAGCUCGAGCGCGACUUUCCUGGAAAACAGUUCUGGUUCGCGGCGGCGACGGAUCGAGGGCGGUGCUGCGACGGCGGCCAGCUCCGGGACCCCGGCCUCUUAAAUCACCACUUCCUCGUCACCAGCGGCGAACGGCGGCGGGGCGCGUGGCUCUUCCGGGAGCACAACACGAAACACGCGUGGCGCGCGCCGGCGACGCGGGACACGGCGCCGCGGCUCCGGUGCUUUGAUCCUUCAAUGGACGUCGCGCUGCCGCCGCCGGCGUUCGUGCGGGGGCUCUACCGCAAGCGUGAUAUUACAAGGGACCUGCGCGCGGCGAACGCGACGCGGCGCUUCCUCGCGGUGCACGCCGAGGGCGGCGUCGCGCCGCCCGAGUACGACCUGCGGCGCGCGCUGACGGAGCGCUGGGCGCCGGACUGGUGGGCGAACGCGCGCAACCGCAGCUGGGCGGGGCACCCCGAUCUACUGAUACGGAAGGCCCUGGGCCGCGCGGAGCACGGCGAGGCGCUCUUCGCUUCAAAAUAUUGUUUAGUUGUGGAGGGCUACGCGCCGUGGACGCCGCGACUGUCCGAGGCGGUCGGCGCGGGCUGCGUGCCCGCAAUCCUGUCGCCGGCGCUGCUGCCUCCAUUCGCCGGGGUCCUGCGUUGGCGCGACUUCGCCGUGUUGCUGCGCCCGGCGGAUAUUGGAAAUUUACCGGCAGUGCUCGCUUCCCACGACCACGCGCGGCUCCACGCGAACUUACUGAAGGUGCGGCGGCUCCUCUCGUUCAUCGCAACUGGACCAGUAAACGACGACGACGCGCUGCCUUUGAUCGUCUUCGAGAUGUGGCGGCGCUCGCGGCGGCGGCGGGAGUUUUUAGAGGGGACGGCGACGGCGCUCGCCGCGCCGGCAGCCGCGCCAGCCGGCGUACACUCCACCGCGACGGAGCCGCUCAAGGUGGCGUUCGCCUGUGAGGCCGACGGCACGUCGUGCGCCUACGCGGUGCGCGGCGCGCGCUGGAACUGCUCCCGCCGGACGAAGAUGGCGUGCGGCUGUGCCAAGGAGUAACCAUGUGACUUGGAUUAU